AUGGACGACGAUUUACCGACCGACUUCCAGGUCAUUGUUGUGGGGACAGGUAUGGUGGAAUCCAUAGUAGCUGCUGCCUGCAGCAGGAUAGGAAAGAAUGUUCUACAUCUAGAUUCAAGUGACCAUUACGGAGGUCUCUGGGCUUCCUACAACUUUGAUGGGCUACAGAAAUUUAUCAAAGAAGUUAAUGAAAAUCCCAAGAGACAAGUUCAAGUAUACAACUUAGCUGAAAAAUGGUAUAUUGAGAAGGAAUUACCGCAAGAAGAGAACAAAGAAGGCGAAGAAAAAGCUGAAGAUGCUAAACCAGAGCCUCCUAAGAAAUUGUGGAGUCAGACAAACUUUGCAUCAGAGUAUAGGAAGUUUAAUAUUGACAUGACUCCUAAGCUGCUCUUCUCUCGAGGGCCUCUGGUUGAACUUCUCAUCUCGUCUAACAUCGCUCGUUACGCGGAGUUCCGAUGUGUCACCCGCGUGUUAACGUGGCUCAACGAUCGCCUCAUGCCAGUUCCAUGCUCUCGCGCCGAUGUAUUCGCAACCGAAGCUGUCGGUAUCGUAGAGAAACGACAGCUCAUGAAGAUGCUGACAUCUAUUGUCGGAUACAAUGAAGAGGAAAUGCAAAAUGAAUUUAAGGAUUGGAACGAAAAAUCCUUCAAGGAGUAUCUUACACACAAAGGUUUGACUCCCAACCUAAUCCACUACGUACUGUUCGCGAUCGCCGGCGGAACGAACAAUAUGCCUUGCUUGGAGGGUGUAAAGGAGUGCAAGAAGUUCUUGAUGAGCUUGGGUCGUUACGGCAACACGCCCUUCCUUUGGCCCAUGUACGGGAGUGGAGAGCUGCCUCAAUGCUUCUGCAGAUUAUGCGCCGUAUUUGGCGGCGUAUACUGUCUGAACCGGCCGAUUGACAAGGUGGAGACGAAGACUAUCGAUGAAGGAAAGACGGUGGUGACUAUCGAAAGCAAGUCAAAGACGUUGAAUUGCGAUCACCUCGUUAUUGGUAUUAACGAAUGUCCUAAGGACUUAAUCUCUCCCGAGCCUGCGGAGGGCUGCGACAUAUCUAAGGCGGUGUUCAUCACCAAUGGGACUAUUAUGAAGAGUGAGAAGGAACCACUGACUCUGCUCCGAUUUCCGCCAAUCACUGAUGAUGAUAAUGCUGUCACGGUGCUGGAAGUUGGACCCGCUACUGGAUCGUGCCCUAAAGGGUUGUUUGUAGUGUACUUCAUAACCAAUAAGGUGAAGGAUGCCGAGAGCGAUCUCCUGCCGAUUGCUGAAAAGAUCUUCGACAUGUCAGGAGGCGACCAAUCUGCCGAAUCCGAGAAACCGAAGUGCUUGUGGUCCCUGUUCUACAACGUGAAGGAUACGAGCGCGCCCGUUGACAGCAUGAACGACAGCGUACACGUGUGCUCCGGACCUGAUGCUGGACUAGACUUCGAUAGGGCCGUGGAACAGGCUGAACAAAUCUUCAAGAAGAUCUGUCCUGGCGAGGAGUUCUUGCCCCGUGCCCCUGAUCCAGAGGAGAUUGUGUUUGAAGAUGAUGUGACUCACGGACCCGAGUUCCAGCGUGAGCACGAGGAAGAGGCCGAGGGCGACGCUCCCAAGUAG